AAAAUUCCUGGUCCCCCCAUUAACCUGCAAACCGGCUCUCAUCUUUCUUUCCCUUUUCUUUUUGCCUCUCUCUUGCCUUAUCGUCCGCACCCUCAUUUGCUUUCUGCUUCGCACAACUGAUUUUGAGGCACACACAGACACAAGAGAGGCUCACUCCUGCAGUGUUGGGGCGAGAGCAAUAGAGGGGGUCAUGGCUUUCGCGGGGACGACCCAGAAGUGCAUGGCGUGCGACAAGACGGUGUACCUGGUCGACAAGUUGACCGCCGACAACCGCAUUUACCACAAGGCCUGCUUCCGGUGUCACCACUGCAAGGGCACCCUCAAGCUUUCGAACUACAAUUCCUUUGAAGGAGUUCUCUACUGCAGGCCACACUUCGAUCAAAUUUUCAAGAGAACUGGCAGCCUUGAGAAAAGCUUUGAAGGUAUCCCGAAAAUUGUCAAACCAGAAAGACCUUUGGGCAGCGAGAAACCUGCUGCGGCUAAAGUCUCGGGCAUGUUUGCCGGAACGAGAGAGAAAUGCUUCGGUUGCAAGAAUACCGUAUACCCAACUGAGAAGGUGAGUGUGAAUGGAACUCCGUACCACAAAAGCUGCUUCAAAUGCACCCACGGUGGUUGCACAAUAAGUCCGUCGAACUACAUUGCGCAUGAAGGCAAACUCUUCUGCAAACACCACCAUGCACAACUCAUCAGAGAGAAGGGCAACCUCAGCCAGCUUGAGGGAGACCAUGCAGGAAACGAGAAAGUUGCAACUAGAGAAAUUGCUGUGUGAGACAUAAUAAGCAGCAUCUGCUAUACUAUGUUAUUUUCUCCCUCUUGCACUCUCCUUCCUUACCGGUCAAGACUGUAGUUUUUGUGGUCUGAAAGGCUUCAUGUAUCCAUUUUGUUCAACUCGAAAGGUGUUGGUCACCGUUUCUUGUAAUUUCGGCUUCCUUUUUUACCACUGGACACUCGUUAGAACAUGCCCGCUUACACUUAUAGUUGCAUAAUCAGAUCUCAGAUGACU